AUGGCCCGCCUGGACAAGGAAGCAUUCAGGAAUGGUCAAGAUGUCCUUGAUCUACUGAGGAUCCUCGACGAAUAUGACCGAACGUUCUCCAGGGAGAUCAAACGCGAAUGGAAAAGGGACGCGGAAAGGUGGCCAUUCGGAACAGUGGUACAGACCAUCCGUGAAGAAGUGCGGGAGCAAAUCCAGAUCAAAGCUCGUCACGCGAAACGACAGGCCCCGGGCUCAUAG